UCACUUUUAACGUAGAUCAUAGACUAUUUUUAAGUGUCUUGCCCAACAUGUUUUAAUUCGCAAAGUCCAAUUCAAACUCAGGACCGCACGAGAGCGUCAUUGGCCUCAAGUUUGACAGUCUGGGGUGUUGGGUAUCGACUUGACGCGGGGUGGAAACCCUCGAAAGUAGAUUCACGCGCCGGCUACCCAAAUUGCAAGCAAGUAGAGACGACGAAAAUAAUGCAUGGCCGCCGCUAACUCAGUCCGUUGUUGUUUGUUCCGGCAGAUUCGUCGUCCAGCAGUUCGAGGAAUUUGAUUCUCCAGAGCAGAAUGCCCAACAUCAAGGUCUUCAGCGGGUCCUCGCACCUCGAUUUGGCGCAGAGGGUCGUCGACCGGCUCGGCAUCGAUCUGGGCAAAGUCGUCACCAAGAAAUUCAGCAACUUGGAGACCUGUGUUGAGAUUGGCGAGUCGGUGCGCGGCGAAGAUGUUUACAUCGUGCAGAGCGGCAGCGGCGAGAUCAACGACAACCUGAUGGAAUUGUUGAUCAUGAUCAACGCGUGCAAAAUCGCGUCCGCCUCGCGCGUGACCGCCGUCAUUCCCUGCUUUCCCUACGCCAGACAAGACAAAAAGGAUAAGGCUGGAUUAGAAGGGAAAGAUGACGGGAGUAAGGUUGUUGCGACACCGCCGCAGGCCCGGUUCAAAAGUAACGAAUGGAAGUUUCGGGCGGGGCACACCGCACUUCCCUCUCAGAGUCGGGCACCCAUCUCGGCGAAGCUGGUGGCCAACAUGCUGAGCGUGGCCGGCGCCGACCACAUCAUCACCAUGGACCUCCACGCCUCCCAGAUCCAGGGCUUCUUCGACAUUCCCGUCGACAACCUGUACGCCGAGCCGGCCGUCCUCAAAUGGAUUAAGGAGAACAUCCCCGAGUGGCGCAACUCCAUCAUCGUCUCGCCAGACGCCGGCGGUGCCAAAAGAGUGACCUCAAUUGCGGAUAGACUGAACGUUGAAUUCGCCCUGAUUCACAAAGAGAGGCGCAAGGCCAACGAAGUUGCCUCGAUGGUGCUGGUGGGCGACGUCAAGGACAGGAUCGCCAUCCUUGUCGACGAUAUGGCCGACACCUGCGGCACCAUUUGCCACGCAGCUGAAAAACUGAUGGACGCCGGCGCGACCAAAGUCUAUGCCAUUCUUACCCACGGAAUCUUUUCUGGACCUGCCAUUUCGCGCAUCAACAACGCCUGCUUCGAGGCCGUCGUCGUCACCAACACCAUUCCUCAGGAGGAGCACAUGCGGGAUUGCCCCAAAAUUCAGUGCAUCGACGUUUCCAUGAUGUUUGCCGAGGCAGUGCGCAGGACCCACAACGGUGAAUCGGUCUCCUACCUCUUUUCCAACGUGCCAUACUAAAAUACCAAAUGACAGCAAAAGGACUGAACACGUUAAAACAAAUAUCAAAAGAACGAAACAGCUCUAGUUUAGGGAAAAAAUGAUACUUUCGUACACACUUGAACUACUAUUACUACUCCUCUUCUUAAUUAUAUAAAAAAAAAUGGUGAAAUCGGCAUCAGAAUAAAAAUUUGAGACCACAUUUGCCGUCCGACGGGAAAUACUCUGCUAAAAGCCUCUAAAGAGAUAUUGUUGUUGAUUAUGGUACAAAAUAAUUAACUGGGAAAUCAUUAUUUGGAAUGUAUGUUAUUUUAGCGUGGACUUCUGGGCGGUCUGCGCACGGAUUAAAGCGAUUGUUGAAGAUAUGCAUUUUGCGCUGGAUUACGUUUAGCAUUUAGUUCUGUAAUCAACCAUUCACGAAAUAAUAAUGAAAACAAAGUGACUGAGAAA